AUGUGCGAAGGUGUCCAAACUGACAAUGCUUGGGAGAUGAAGAUAGUGUGUAGCUGCUUCUGGGCUCAAGGAGGAGGAGAAGAAUCCACAAGCCGACAAGAUGAGAUCCAAGGCGAGGGCGAGAAAACUGCCCAAAAUUUCUGUUUCACUCUGGCUUUGUGCAAAAUAUCUGGAGACUGUGACAGUGAGAUUGUAAAUAGUAUGUAUGAGACAGACCCUGAUCUCCUGGCUGGUGAGAGUGCAGAGGAGGAAACAGAGGACAGUAUUAUGUCCCCUAUCCCCGUCGGACCUCCAUCACCUUUUCCUACCAGUGAGGACUUCACCCCCAAGGAAGGCUCACCUUACGAAGCUCCUGUCUACAUUCCUGAUGACAUUCCAAUCCCGCCAGACUUUGAACUCAGAGAAUCCUCGAUUCCAGGGGCAGGGCUGGGGAUUUGGGCCAAAAAGAAGAUUGAAGUUGGGGAAAGAUUUGGACCUUACAUGACAAUACCAAGGACCACAUUAAAGGAAACAAACUUUGGAUGGGAGCAAGUACUGACUGAUCCUGAGGUGGUAUCCCAAGAGGGCUGUAUAAAAAAGAUCGCUGAUGACCUGGGAAAUGAGAAAUUCUGUGCUGAUGCUAAUCAGACUGGAGCUGGAAAUUGGCUGAAAUACAUCCGAGUGGCCUGUUCCUGUGAUGAACAAAAUCUAGCUGUAUGUCCCGUUAAUGACCAGAUCUAUUAUAAAGUUAUUAAAGAAAUUGAGCCAGGAGAAGAACUGCUGGUGUAUAUGAAGGAAGGUGCCUAUUCUCUUGGGAACAUGCCACCUAGUCUGGAAGAGGAGCACACGUUUCGUUGUGAGGACUGCGAUGAACUCUUCCAGUCAAAGCUGGAUCUGCGGCGACACAAGAAAUAUGCCUGCAACUCUGUCAACUCGCUGUAUGAGACGCUGAACGAGGAGAUCAAACAGGAAGGGUUAGGCGACGGGCAGGUCUAUGAGUGCAAAGACUGUGAGAGAAUGUUCCCCAAUAAAUACAGCUUGGAGCAGCACAUGAUCAUCCACACUGAGGAGAGGGAGUACAAGUGUGACCAAUGUCCGAAGGCUUUCAACUGGAAAUCAAACCUGAUUCGUCACCAGAUGUCACAUGACAGUGGCAAACGAUUUGAAUGUGAAAACUGUGUGAAGGUGUUUACUGACCCCAGCAACCUCCAGCGGCACAUCCGUUCCCAGCACGUUGGCGCACGAGCCCAUGCCUGCCCGGACUGCGGCAAAACCUUUGCCACCUCGUCUGGCCUCAAACAACACAAGCACAUUCACAGUACUGUCAAACCUUUCAUAUGUGAGGUCUGCCACAAAUCCUACACGCAGUUCUCCAACCUCUGCCGCCACAAGCGGAUGCACGCGGACUGUCGCACCCAGAUCAAAUGCAAGGACUGCGGCCAGAUGUUCAGCACUACCUCCUCUCUCAACAAGCACCGGCGCUUCUGCGAGGGCAAGAACCAUUACAACCCAGGGGGGAUUUUUGCCCCCGGCCUACCUUUAACGCCCACCUCCAUGAUGGACAAAUCCAAACCCUCACCCAACCUCAACCAUGCCAGUCUGGGUUUCAAUGAUUACUUCCCAUCCCGACCUCACCCCGGGGGUAUUCCAUUCUCGCCUGCACCCCCAGCAUUUCCUGCCCUUUCUCCAGGAUUCCCGGGGAUUUUUCCUCCCUCUCUAUACCCCAGGCCUCCUUUGUUGCCUCCCACCCCGCUGCUCAAAAGUCCCCUCAACCACACCCAAGACGCAAAGCUUCCAAGCCCCCUGGGGAACCCGGCACUGCCUCUGAUUUCCGCAGUGAGCAACAGCAACCAGCCCGUCUCAGGGGAGGAGAAAUUCGAAAGCAGCCUGGAAAACUCCUACCUGGACAAGCUAAAAGCCAGGAACAGCGACAUGUCUGAUGGGAGCGACUUCGAGGAUGUCAACACGACCACAGGCACAGACCUCGAUACCACCACUGGCACUGGCUCUGACCUGGAGAGCGACGCGGAGAGUGACAGGGACAAAAUGAAAGACAAAAGCAAACAGACUGAGAACAAGCCAGAUUUUGUCAGCAGUUCUGUGUCCACCAGUUCCACCAACAAUGUGAACGAGCUCCCCCUUUUCUAUUCUCAGCACUCCUUCUUCCCUCCCCCAGAAGAGCAGCUGCUACCCACAACGGGGACAGCCAAUGACUCUAUAAAAGCUAUUGCCUCUAUUGCAGAGAAAUAUUUCGGCCCUGGCUUUAUGGGAAUGCAGGAGAAGAAGAUAGGUUCCCUCCCAUAUCACUCCAUGUUCCCAUUUCAGUUCCUCCCCAAUUUUCCCCAUUCACUGUAUCCUUUUACGGACCGGACCCUCAAUCACAACUUGCUGGUCAAGGCAGAACCAAAGUCACCCAGGGACCUUCACAAAGUGGGGAGCACCAGCUCUGAGUCUCCCUUUGAUCUCACCACAAAACCAAAAGAGAUUAAGCCAAUCUUGCCACCACCCAAGGUCUUGCCAGCCCCAUCUUCUGGGGAGGAACAGCCACUGGAUCUAAGCAUCGGCAACCGCAUCCGAGCCAGCCAGAACGGAGGGAGGGAGCCCCGAAAAAACCACAUCUAUGGGGAAAGGAAACUAAUGGCCAGUGAAGUACUACCCAAAAUUUCUCAGUCUCAGCUCCAUCAGCAGCCAUCCCUGCAUUAUGCUAAGCCAUCACCCUUUUUCAUGGACCCCAUAUACAGCAGGGUGGAGAAGCGGAAGGUGACAGACCCAGUGGGUGCCCUAAAGGAGAAGUACUUGCGACCUUCCCCGCUGCUUUUUCACCCGCAGAUGUCAGCCAUAGAAACUAUGACAGAGAAACUGGAGAGUUUUGCGGCCAUGAAAGCAGACACCAGCACAUCCCUGCAGCCCCUCCCACAUCACUCCUUCAACUUCCGGUCCCCGCCCCCUACGCUGUCAGACCCCAUCCUGCGCAAGGGCAAGGAGCGCUAUACCUGCAGGUACUGCGGUAAGAUCUUCCCCCGGUCAGCGAAUCUGACAAGGCAUCUUCGGACACACACAGGAGAACAACCCUACAGGUGUAAAUACUGUGACAGGUCAUUCAGCAUUUCCUCUAACCUCCAGCGGCACGUUCGAAACAUCCAUAACAAGGAGAAGCCAUUCAAAUGUCACCUGUGUAACCGAUGCUUUGGGCAGCAGACCAACUUGGACCGACACCUUAAGAAGCAUGAACAUGAGAAUGUGCCAGUGAGCCAGCACUCUGGAGUCAUUACUAACCACCUUGGGACCAGUGCCUCCUCCCCAAACUCGGAGCCAGACAACCAUGCACUUUUAGACGAGAAAGAGGACUCGUAUUUCUCUGAAAUCAGAAAUUUUAUUGCAAAUAGCGAGAUGAAUCAAGCAUCAACUUUAACAGAUAAAAGGCCAGAAAUCCAAGACAUUGAUAGCAACUCCCAGUGUCACGGGUUAGCAAAUGAGAAAACAGAAGAUGUGGAUGAGGAGGAGGAAGAAUUGGAGGAGGAAGAUGACGACAGCCUGACAGGGAAGUCACAGGAUGAAACAGUAUCACCCACGACGGAGCCCCGAGGAACGUUUGAGGAUGAGGAGGAUGAAGAGCCCACAUCCCUCACCAUGAGCUUUGAUCAUACCCGAAGGUGUAUUGAGGAGGAAGAAGCCGGCUUGUUAGAUUUGGAGCAGAUGCCGAAUUUUGGGAAGGGGCUGGAUCUUCGCAAAGCAGCCGAGGAAGCAUUUGAAGUUAAAGAUGUGUUUAAUUCCACCUUAGACUCUGAGACAAUAAAACAGACUCUGUACAGGCAGGCUAAAAACCAGGCUUAUGCAAUGAUGCUGUCCCUUUCUGAGAACGCUCCCCUUCACACUUCUUCCCAGAAUUCUCUGGAUGCUUGGUUGAACAUGGCAGGAGCAGCCUCAGAGUCGGGGACCUUUAAUCCCAUCAACCAUCUCUGACGGGUCGAGAAGGCACUGGUUCAGAGUCGGAGCGAGGAGGUGGUGGUGCUGUGACUGCCCUAUCAGAAAUUCUAGCACGCAGAAGAUGGAUCAGAGGGCCUCAGGGAGUCGUCUGGGCUUUUGGCUGGGAGAAUAAACCUGUCACGUGUGACCUGCAAUUCCCAGAUUUGUAUCUAUCCACAGUCAUUCGUUUCUAAUUUGUUAGAAAGAAACUCUCCAAACUGGAUAGCCCUGAAGCAGCCCUAGGAUUCCACCAUCUCUAAGAAUAGUGUAAACCAUAAGUGAAUUGCAAUGGUGCAAUCAAAUACUGGCCCCUUUACAGUUACAAGACAAUAUAACUGAGCCAGCUGGUUUCUGCUUAUAAACUAAAACUUGAAGUCAUUCGACCCCUUGCCCCCCUCACACACCACAUUCACUUCAGCUGAAUAGCAGUCAUAAGGGGGGGAAGAGAUCUAGAGCUGAUCCAUCCCUGGUAUCAUUCUGAUAUAGUCACCAGAGUUAUACCAAGGAACGGUGAAUUUGACCCAUUUUUCUUAACAUAGCUCUUUGAAAGAGCGUGAAAUUCUGCACCCCCCACAACAGCACUCCUCUUUACACUGCAAAGUGUUGUUGUGAGUCUCUGUUGUGGGAAGCCACGCUCCCCGCCAUGCAAUGUCCAAGCAGGGCUAGCUUCUGCCAAGAGCACAAAUAAUUGGUGCAGAAGGAGCAUUGCUGGGGCUGCUCAUACAUGCACACAAAUACAUAGACAAUGCCCCGUAAGCUCGACCCUAGAAAGCUCCUGUGUAGUUUCUCUCCCAGAGGGUCUUUCAAACGCUAUCUCUUCAGUGUUGGGGAAGAAACCUCUGCCCUGUGCCCUUGUGUUGGUUUGCUGGUGGUUGCUUAUGCCGAGUACCCUGCCAUCAUUUACCCCAUAAUUUUGAUAAUAUGACUACAAAAAAUCUUUGUUUUUAAUAACCUUAUGAGUGCAGCUCAGCUCCUCAAGCAUGUGGUUAAGGAAAUGUAUUUUCUCUCUGGAUCUACAAUUACUUGCAAUUUUUUACGGAUGAUUUUAAAUUGCUUUGAAGUCUCAGCUCUUUUGCUGACAUAAAGCAGCCUCCAGAAAUCCUGUGACAUUAGUUUGUGCUAUUUCUACAUUGUAAUAACAACCUGGUGUUCUAGCUGUGAUUUUUAUAGGUAAAGCUGAACAUAAUUCUGAAAGGGGUUAGAAAUAUUAUAAAGGAUAACAUUGGCUACUCUGACAAUGUUUGUAAUGUGUGUGCUGAGAAAUGCCUAGAUAUGCUGUUACAGAAUCAGGGUUGUCUGAAGGUAAGACAGGUGCAUGCCACCAAGUGACUUCAAGUUGAAUCAGGGGUGCCGCAAACUUGCCCAUCUGAGUGCUGCAUCAGCAACUCACCUAGGAGUCUCCAGAUGCUGUAAGGACCCAAUUCUGUAUAAACCUGACUCUAAGUUAGCAGGAGUUUUUCCACUGGCUUCAAUGGACUUUGGACCAGGCUCCAAACACUUAAAGUGGGUGUACUACUUGUAGUAAGUGCUACACCUAGUAGUCAGUGGUUGCAGAGUUGGGUCAAUAGCUGACUUCAGAGAAACGUCUCACAGUAGUAAACACAUCUACUAGUAAGUGUUUGCGAGAUUGGGCCACUAGUUUAUAUGUGCGGGAACAGACUGCAGCUGCUCUGCUGUUGAAUAUGAAAGAGGAGGUUCCCGCAUGCAAUGCUCCAUCUGGAAGCAAUUGCUCAGAUUACAGUGGAGCAUUGCAUGCUGGGAUUUGCAGGCCUGAUGGGCCACACCUCAUACUCCGGACAAGGUCAGCCAUGAGACUGCAGCUGGCCCCUGGGGCUGCACCUCCGUUUGCCACUGGGGAAGAGGGAAUGAAAGGAUAAUUAGCAGCAUCAAAUAAUUCUCCAUAGUUCGCCUAGGGAAAGACGACAUCCCUCCUGCUAGUUUCUCCACGUCACCAUGUAUAUGUGCCGAAGGCUCUGAAUCCAACAGUGAUCUAUACCCCCCCCCAGUUUCAAAUGUUUGCACAAAGCUCUUGACUAGGUGUAGCCCAAGAACUGACAAUGUCAAAAGAAACCAGUCUCUAAGAGUCAGAUGGAACAUUCCUUUCCCUGGCACGUCUGCCAAUGCUAACAUUACAGUACUUGCCAUUCACUUGGGCUUUAAAUUAUUCCCAUAGGGGCCAAUUUAAAAUAAUAAAAUAAUUGUUUUUUUUUCCUAAUGGAAUUUACCUUAAUCUGUAUAUAACUUGUAAUUUUUUUUUCUAAUUCUUUUCUUAUUUUAUUUCUUCCUUAACAGUAUUUUUUGCAUUGGAUAUCAUUAUUGUGAAGAAAUAAUGUUAAUAUAAGUAUCUAGUGAAGGACCAAAAUUGUGUAAUUAAGGUUGUAUGUUGUAUGAUUGAUAACCAGGGAGUAGAUUUUUUUAUGUGCCAAAUGACCCUAAAUAAUCCUAUUCUUGCUGCCGAUUUUUCCGACAAUCAUGUUUUGUUAAAUUUGAGUUUCAAUUACAUUUGCAUGUAGGAUGUGUUCUAUUUAUUUCUUUUAUUGUUUGGAAAAAAUAUCACAACAAGAAAACAAAAACAAAACAAAAAACCCUUCCAACAUGCCCUUAAUAAAAAACAAAAGAAACAAACUAAAAAAAAGAGAGAGAAAUAAAGCAACAAAACUGUAAAUAAAAACAACUGUGAAACUCCAUAUUGUAGCCAGGAUGGCAUGCAAUGCAGAUGUGCCAUAUUUUGCAGGGGAAAUCAGUGCUUAUUUUUAUAAAGGAAUGGAAACAAAAUCCCAUCAGUAUAAUUUUUGUUAACUAUAAGCAAUCUAUGCCUUGUAAAUACACCUCUACCCCAAUAUAACGCAACACGAAUUCGGAUAUAACGCGGUAAAACAGCGCUCCGGGGGGGCUGCGCACUCUGGUGGAUCAAAGCAAGUUCGAUAUAACGCAGUUUCACCUAUAAUGUGGGAAGAUUUUUGGCUCCCGAGGACAGCAAUAUACUGGUGUAGAGGUGUACCUGAAAUACAAAUCUAGCAGUGUAGAUGGGUAGCUGCAGGAUAACACUGAUUCAGUUGGCAUUUGUAGCCAUUUACAAAAGUAACUGGCAUAAUUACCAGAACUAAAAGGUUCUUCUAAAAAUAAAAUGGUAUAGUACAUAGCGAGGUUGUCAGCAAUAUUAUAUCCCUAAAAUAUUCACUCUUUCAAGAAACAAAAGUACCCCCAAAGAACCUGCAAGGUGAAGUUUCAUCCUGCAAACAUGCUUAAUUUUAAAGUAAAUCAAUGGAACUAUCUAUGUGUUUGCAGGAUUAAUGCUCAGAGGCCCACUCCUAUCAACACUAUCAACGAUAGUGCUUACCACACACUACGCCCCACAGCAAGCACUUAAGCACAGUCUUAGCCUUAAGCAUAGGAUCAAGUCCGUCCCUACUCAGUUAAAACGGGUAAGCCUGUGCUUUGAAGUCAAUGGAGCUACUACAUGCUUAAAGUUAAGCACAUGCUAAUGUCUCUUUCUGGAUUGGAGCAAGAGUGCUCUGCACCUUGCAAGAUCAAGCCCUAAGAGCAGGAGUAGGUGUUUGCAGAGGCCGAUCCUAAGUUUCAUCUGUAAGUAGCUGGCGUGGGUUUGUGAAGAGGGGGUCAGCUUUGCGUCUCCAUGUGUGGGGAUAACUUGCCAUGGUGACCUCAUCUCCAAACCAGCGGCAAAGAUCUUAGAAACAGAAAUGUUAUACAGGCUUUUUUGUCUUCCCUCCAGUCUGUGGACACUGCCCCAUUAUUUGUUCCAUUGUUUCUUCAAAAGAACAAUGUGUUAAAAGCUCUUAAUUCUGCCUGACAAUGAGCAAUAUCUGUUUACUUUCUAGGGACCAGGUUGUGCCACCAUUACGGGGGCUGAGUAGCUGACUGAUUUGAACAGGGCUCAUUGAGGAGUACGUUACCAACCACCCUGAGUAAGGGUGACACAGUCUAGCCCUAUAUUAAGAAGAUGAAAUUUUUUUUAAAUCAUAAAAUGAUUUUUUUUCUGUUUCCUGUUACUUAAAAAACAAAAAAGACCACACUUUGUUUCCUUCCUUUUCUUCUAGCUGGUCUCUGUCCAUUUAAGUAUCCAGACUUCUCUAAACCAGCACUGGCUACACGUUUUAAGAUUUUUUCCAAGCAAGAUAAGCAAAUACAAUGCCUAAUCAAAUUUAUGUUUAUCCCUUAGCCCCUUCUUUAAUUGCACUCAAAAUGUUGCGAUUUGUAACUCAUAUUUUUGGGGCUUUAACAAAAAAAAAUCGCUUAUUUUGAAGGAUGUCUCGUGAGACUUGCUUAUGUCAAGUAUAAAUAGAGGCAAGAAAGAUCCCACAAUCCGAACUGAGACUCUCUUUUAGAACUAGCCAGGUGAAGGAGCUGGGGCCUCUGCUGGAGCUAUGUAGCUCAUGUGCACCCUACACCACUAACAUAUUAUGCUCAGGAACCAAUGCUGUUGAUGUGGUACAUCAAGGGGUGGAGUUAGAGUGAUUUCCAUAAGGCCUGGUAAUUGUUCGAAAUCAAGGGUACCAUCCCAGAGGUGAUUAUAACUAAGAAUUUUGUUGGAUGGGGGCUAUUUAUUUUACCUGUUUUCAUGUCUGCAGCAGGUAGCCAUAUUGCCAUAAUAGCAGGAGGUGAGGAAUGGGACCUGCUGUGUUAUUUUUCAUAUCACCAGGUGGAUCCAAGGAGGUUAUUAGCAGCCUCUGGCUAUGCCAAACUGUUCAGUACUGCUGAAAUAAAACUAUAAGACAGAGGGACCCUUCCUUCUACUUUAAAUUUAGAAAUUUUAUAUAUGAGCGAAUUAUAAAAGCAAAAAAAAAAACAAAAACCAUUCCUGCUACUCCUUUCUGUUGCUGUCUCAGAUACCAGCAUUGAAAAUAAUGCUGUUAAUCACUUGGCAGGUACAGAAUGUUUAAGGUGCAAUGCAACUGCUGUGCUACUGAAUGCGCCAGGUCCAUCCAGGUAGAAUGCACUUGGUCUGUUUUUGGAAGAUCCAGGUAUGUCCAGGUAGAAUGCACCAGAUUUGCUGUUGGACAUCCUAGGCAUGUUCCUGUUGAAGACGCUGGGCUGCUGACCCUCCUGGGGCCUCGUUACAGAAUGCAUCUACUGCGUUGCUGAACAUACCAGCUGGGUCCGACGUGCCAUUACGUCACUGGACGAUCAGAGCCUAGCUGGCACAGCAGCAUGCUAGCAGCAAACCAAACCAAAAGGGUUAAGAGCAAAACACGAGCUGAAACGCUACACUGCAUUCCAGGACAAAUAACAAAGUUACGAUUUUCUGUCUUGCUCAAAACGAUUAGUGGAGCCUCUCGAUUUCCCCAAAACCAGCACUUAGAAAUUCAAUAGUUAUUGAAAACUGCUUCUCUUUCAUUUCAUACGAAGCAUUUAUAAAAGCACUUGCACAAUGACAUAUUAACAUGUUUAGACUCUAAGCAUCAAAGCACUGGACUGUAAGCCCUCUCUCACCCCUCCAGCCUAUUUCAAUCUACUGACUUACAUUCAAUUUUUACGUGCUGUAUUUUGUGUGUGUGUAUGUGUGUGGGGGGGGGAGGGGGAAGCAUCAUGGUGUCGGAACCUGCACUUUGCUGCCUGUUUAAAAACAAGCAGGGAGUGAAACAAUCUGCUCCGAUUUGUGUUGGUAACAUGAGGGCAAAAGCUCUGCUCCUAGUUGAUGGUCAGUAGUGUUUAAAGCCAUGAAACUGUUUCUCUGUAGUGUUGAGUGAUACUGUGAUUAAAAUGUUAUUGCAUUAUUCCAAUAUUUUUUCUUUAUUCUGUCAUUGAUUCUUAUUACCACUUUUGGAAAAGAACGAAAAAGAGAGAAGAAAAAAAAAAGGCAGCUUUGAUUUCCGAAUGUGCAAUUCACGUGUGAACAAAGUAAUUCUGAAAAUAUUUCUCGAUGUAUUUUACGUUCUCAUCACUCUCUUCAAAAGUAAGAGAUGUUUUGCCCUGAUGUCAUUUUCAGCCUGCAGAAGAUGUAAUUUAAAACAUAUAUAUAUUAUGCUUGCAAAAAUCAUAAAUCUGUGCAUCCUAUGUCAUUCCUUCUCCCAUUGUUACAAUACAGAUUUGAUUUAGGGUUUGUUUGUUUUUUUUCCUUUAGAACUGUAUAGUGUUUUGUUUUUUUUAAAAAAAAAUCAAUUGUAAAUGUCUGGUUUUCAUAUGAUGUUUAAAAAACAUUGAGAAAGAGGAUGGUGCUUGUUCCAUAUCAUUCUUGAUUGUAUAUUGCUUCUGUUAUGUUUAUAAGUAAACUGUGCAUGACUUGUGUUUAGCAGUCAUUAUUGUGUCUGUUUGUGAAAUUUUUAUCAAAAAGAAAAAAAAUUCUGUAGAUGCACUUAUUGUAUAUGUGAUUAGGUUUUGCGUCCAAGGCUAGAAGCCUUGAACUGCCAAGGAAGAAAAAGAAAGAGGUGGCAGUUAUUAAUUAAUAUGAAAUCGCUUUGUUGGGAGCAUAAUGAAAUAAAAGAUAUGAAGUGUAGAAAAUAAUUAAAAAAAGCGAUUUUACAAAUUUCAUUUUGAUGCUUGUGAUAAAAGGCAAAUGUAUUUGUGUAGAGAAAAACCUUUAAAAUAAUGAAUAGGAAAGCUGAUUUUGAGGUUAAUGCUGUAGAAUAGGAAUGUAUACCAAAUGUAAUCUUUCCAAUGCUACAAUGAAUUUAUACAUGAGAUUGAUAUGCAAUAAACCUGUGUGCUUUUCUAA